CUCCCGAGGUCCUCAUCUUAACGACCGCUCCUCUCCCUUCCGCCCUCUCUCUCACCUUUGAAAACGCGGACAAUAUCAUGAGAUCCUCCUCUUGUUUUCAUUCGGGCUUCCUCAGUCGGAAACUGUCCGUUCUUCGUCCAACAACCUCGUUCCAAAGGCAGAAAAAUGGCUCCCUUACAACAAAUCACCAUUGCCGUGGCUGUGAUACUGUGUUUAUCUCAAGUUUCUCUCGCACAAAAAGGAAAGAAAGCUGUAGCUGUAAUCAAAACCGAUAUCGUAUCUGGAGUUAUCAAAUUUAGUCAAGAAAAUGCCACAGCGCCAGUUUUCAUCACAGGCCAAAUAGAAGGUUUGAGCAAAGGUAACCACGGAUUCCAUAUCCACGAGAAAGGAGACACAAGUGGAGGAUGUGGAACCACUGGCAGUCAUUACAACCCUCACAAGGCGAACCACGGUGGUCCGUCGGACCAGGACCGUCACAUCGGGGACCUGGGUAACAUCUACGCCGAGCCCAGCGGCGUGGCCCAGAUCAACAUCGUGGACCCGAAAAUCACGCUCGUCGGCAAGUACAGCAUCAUCGGGCGCGCCGUCGUCGUCCACGCCGACCCGGAUGACCUCGGCAGGAGAGGUCACCCCGACUCCAAGACCACCGGACACGCCGGCGGUCGCUUGGGCUGCGGAGUCAUCGGAAUCGAACAUCCCCCGGACUUCUGGAACAGUAGUUCAACUGCCUCAUCGUCCAUUCUUCUCAUUCUUGCCGCAGUUAUAAUUUCUGGACUCGCAAAUUCACGAUAACUUUCGUGCCAAGAUCUAAUUAUAAUUUUGUGAUACUACCUUUACUUAAUUCCUAUUUUCUAUGUUACCUUUUUUGUCGAACGUCGAGUAACUUUUUCCGGAAAUCUAUCUACAUUCAAUGUAAAAGUUAUAUUUAUUUCUGCGCUGCGCAACAGUCGAUAUGACGCCAUUAUUUGUCAUUACAUAACGCCAUCGAUUCACUGAAACGUUCGAUGUAAUUUUCAUGAGGAAAAAUCUUACAGCUUUUCUCAGUUUUGAAUUGUAAUUCCUAUUAACUGAUCACUGCCAUAACAACAAGGACCAAAUACUCACUGUCAGUAUUUUGAGACAUAGACAAUAUUUUUCCAACCCAAGCACAUUGAACUAUAUAAAAAAAUGAUUUUGCAUACAAUUUUAAGAUAGGAAAA